AUAAGAUUAAUAUUAAAUUUUAUAGAAUUAUAUUCUUUUAGUUGGUAUUUUGGUGCAAUGUCACGACAAGAUGCCUCGGAUUUACUCAUGGGUGAGAAAGAAGGUGGCGUAUUCUUAGGUGACCAAAUACGUUAUCGGAUUGGAGAUCAAACAUUUCCUGAUAUUCCCAACCUUUUGGCUUUUUACAAAUUACAUUAUUUGGACACAACACCACUGAUCAGGCCUGCACCUAAAAGAACACAGAGGGUAGUAGCAAAGUAUGAUUUUGAGGGUAAUGAUCCUGAUGAUUUACCUUUUAGAAAAGGAGAAAUUCUUACAAUUAUAUCAAAAGAUGAAGAACAAUGGUGGACUGCUAGAAAUGCUCUUGGUCAAACUGGUUCAGUUCCAGUUCCAUAUGUUCAAAAGUAUGAAGAAGACAAUCACUCUGUGAUUGAAAAUAAUUCACGUCCAGAAAGUGGAGGAAGUUCAACUAUAAAUUCUAAUUCAGUUCAAAUUUCUGCUUCCCAAAUGUCUUAUCCAGAAAGUGGACAAGGGACCACUCGUAGAUCAAAUAUUCAGAGAACAUUACCUGCUUUUGCAAAAGUAAAACAAGCAAGAGUACCAAAUGCAUAUGAUAAAACUGCUCUAAAAUUAGAAGUUGGAGAUGUGAUAAAAGUUACAAAGACUAAUAUAAAUGGUCAAUGGGAAGGUGAAUUGCAUGGCAAGGUUGGCCAUUUUCCAUUCACACAUGUUGAAUUUGUAGAUAAUGAGACUGGAGAAGACAAUCAGGAAAUUUAACGGAAGUCUUCCAUUGAAUAAAGAAGUUAAUUUGGAUAGUUUUAUAUUGG